GCAGCACGUUGUGUUUGCCACAAGCCACUUGCGGAAUCUCUAGAUGGAGCCCUCAAAGACAAUUUUCCUGAAAAAGCAAAAGAUGACCUCAAAAUCAUUGACGUGGGAGCAGGGACAGGAUUAAUAGGAAUAGAACUUCAAAAACUUGGUUACAGUAAUCUUCACGCGUUGGACAUCUCACCUGAAAUGUUAAGAGAAGCAAAGAAAAGAGAUAUUUACAAAAGUUUUUUUUGCGUCGUAUUAAGUGACCAACAGAUUCCUGAGAUACAAACAGGAGAGUUUGACGCUCUUAUUUGUGCUGGUAGUCUCCUUGUGGGGCAUAUCAGGGCAGCUGCUUCUGAAGAAAUGGUCAGGAUGGUAAAAAAUGGUAAG